GUUUACGUUUCGGCCGCGUGCCAAUGUUUUCAGUAUAUAAGUUGGUCGUUGCUCUAAGCGAGUCAUACACACAUAAAACAACGAUUCUAAAAACAACAAGUGCCCGAUAUUUGACUCGAUUAAGUGAUUUUCAUUAUUUGUCUCGUAUAUUGAUAAUUGAAUACUUCGAUUCGACGUAUAUUGACUACUCAACAUGGCAAUGCUGCCCCAAGAAGAAGCCUUUGACACAUUUGAAGAUGAGGAGAGCGAGAUCCCUCCAGGAGCCCUAACUAGUGCACGGAAGAGACUUUUCUCCAAGGAGCUUAGAUGCAUGAUGUAUGGUUUUGGCGAUGAUCAAAAUCCAUACACAGAAAGCGUUGACUUGCUAGAGGAUCUAGUUAUUGAAUUUAUAACAGAAAUGACACAUCGGGCCAUGGAAAUUGGCAGAACUGGUAGAGUACAAGUAGAAGAUAUCGUCUUUUUAGUCAGAAAAGAUGCUCGAAAACAUGCUCGAGUUAAAGAUCUUUUAACAAUGAAUGAGGAACUGAAAAAGGCUAGAAAAGCUUUUGAUGAAGUUAAAUAUGCAGAAUAACAUCGUUGAUGCCAACUCCAUGAAAAGAGGAACCACAAAGUGCCAUAGGAAGUUUAUGGGCAGAGAUAUAGCUUUCAAUUCGUUGC